AUGCACGAUAAUAUCGCUGUAAUGAAAGACUCUUUUUGGAGUUUUGAUGAGCAGGGGAUCUUGAAUCAUUUGUGGAUUGUCACAGAGAGAAUGGACUUCACGCUAGCGGAUUUUUUCAGACAUACAGCGAAAAAAGACUAUACGCCAACGCCAAGGCUACGUGAUCAUCGCCAUCUCGGAGCGAUUCUCGUUCAGACCUUGCAAGCACUCGAUUACCUGCAUCAACGUGGGAUCAUACAUCGGAAUGUGAAGCCAGAAAACAUUGGAAUGAGCAAGAAGUGCCACUUGAAACUCUUUGAUUUUGGCGUUGCAAGGUCAACUAACACCGAUCUAACAGAACUGGUUUCUACACCUCUAUAUCAUCCGUUAGAAGUGCAACUGUUCGAGCAAUACGAUUGGGGAGUUGACAUUUGGGCAACCGGCUUGGUGGCACUUGAAUUUCUCAAUCAUUCAUUAUACCCGGCAAAUGUGAACUCGAAAGACAAAAUCAAACAGAGAAUUCUUGACGUUCUUGGCGUGCCGGAAGACAAGUACAAAGAAUUCUUUAAACACAAGUUGAAGAAUGAGGUGCAACGUGACGGUUGCUUUGACGCUUUUCUAACCACGGCUUUUGAGCGACUUGAACCCGGACGUCGGGAUUUGAAUGAAGAGAACUUGCGGGAUCUUCUCAGCAAAAUGCUUUGCAUCAAUCCACGAAGACCGCUGGCAAGCGAGCUCCUUGAGCAUGAAUAUUUGAAAAUGCUGCAAAGUGCCAUGACGAGGAAACAAAUUGAGAACUCGACCAACGAUCAAGUCACGGAUCACGCGAAAAAUCAACGCGACAAGGAAACGCUGAUCAAAAUCCUCAAGAAUUUUUCGAGACAAUUGAUG